CUCAACUCUCACACAUAAAUACGAGCAAUGUCCCCGCCAAAAAACAUGAACACACAGCUGCUCUGGCUCAUACACUUACUACAGCGAUCGAUACACAGAUACCUCGAUCACAGAUUUGCUCAAUCAUGACGAAACCAGAGCCAUCUAUUCAGAGCGCCGUUCUCCACCGAGACACUCAGCACAUACCCAAGAAGGCCAUCGGUGGAAAAGGCUGCUACAUCUACCUCGAAGAUGGGACCAAAUUCCUCGACUCUACCGGCGGUGCAGCCGUCGCGUGUCUCGGCCACGGCCACGAGGAAAUCCAGCAGGCCAUCACCAACCAAAUGAAUCAGCUCUCCUACUGCCACUCAGCCUUCUUCAGCACGGAAGCAUCCGAGGAGCUCGGUCGGUUCCUGACUAAGUCGACCGGAGGUCAGCUAUCGAAAGCAUUCAUCGUGAGCUCCGGCUCCGAAGCAGUCGAAGCAGCCCUCAAGCUCGCGCGCCAAUACUUCCUCGAGCUCCCUACCCCGCAACCCCAACGCACACGCUUCAUCGCCCGCAAACCUUCCUACCACGGCGUGACGCUGGGCGCCCUCUCCGUCGGCGGCCACACCACCCGGCGCCAGCCCUUCGAGCCUCUCCUAUCGACCAACACCUCCCACGUCUCCCCCUGCUACCCGUACCGCGGCAAGAACGCCAACGAGUCCGACGCCGACUACGUCGCCCGGCUCGCCGCCGAACUCGACGCCGAAUUCCAGCGCGUCGGACCCGAGAACGUCUGCGCAAUCGUCAUGGAGACAGUCGUCGGAGCUAGCCUAGCCGCCCUCCCCCCACUCCCCGACUACCUCCCCGCCAUCCAACGCAUCGUCCACAAACACGGCGCCCUGCUCAUCCUCGACGAAGUGAUGAGCGGCAUGGGCCGCUGCGGCACGCUGCACGCCUGGGAGCCCGAAGGCGUGGUCCCGGACCUCCAGGCCAUCGGCAAGGGACUGGGCGGCGGGUACGCGCCGGUGUCGGGGCUGCUCAUCCACGAGAAGAUCGUAAACGUGCUCGACGCCGGCACGGGGGUGUUUCGGCACGGCCAGACCUACCAGGGCCAUCCGGUGGGGUGCGCGGCCGCGCUGGCGGUGCAGAAGAUCAUCCAACGGGAUAACGUGCUCGAGAAUGUGCGGCGGAUGGGGACGUACCUCGGGGAGAAGUUGACGGAGCGCUUGGGGACGCAUCCGCAUGUUGGGGAGGUCAGGGGGAGGGGGUUGUUUUGGGGGAUUGAGUUUGUCAGGGAUAAAGCGACAAAGGAGCCGUUUAGUCCGGAGGUGAAGGUGGCCGGGUUGGUGCAGGAGAUGGGGAUGGAUCCUCGGCUUGGUAUCUCGUUGUAUGCCGGCAAUGGGACGGUGGAUGGGGUGCGAGGGGAUCAUGUGUUGUUGGCGCCGCCGUAUAAUGUCACCCAGGAGGAGGUGGAUUUGAUUGUUCGGAAGACGGGCGAGGUGGUUGAGGCGGUUUUUAGGAGGCUCAAGGUCGGAAUGAUGGACAGGUAGGAAUGAGAGUGUGUUGGUGACGGGAAGUACAUGGGGGAAGGGUUUAGUCCUGGAUGCUUUAAUAAGUGGCCUAUUUUCACUACUGUAUGCAAUUGAAAUUGGCUAGGC